AUGACCUUCGUUAAAAUGUCAACGUUAAAAGAGGUGUCUAUAAUUUAAUAUUUUAUUUUUUAUUAAGGUGUCAUUUUUAUUUGUAAGUAUAUUUUACAAUUUUCCAACUAUACUUUCUUUUAUAGUUUAUAUGAAUAUUUCUUGGCAUUUAUGUGAUAUACUUAAUACCUUGUUUACAGCGUUUUUAUGUCAGUUUUUAGGAUCUAUUUUUAGGAAAACGAAAAAAUUUUGUGAUAAGAAAUUUUUUGUGUAUUUAGGUCCUCGCGCCUAUAUUAAUAUUUCUAGUCGAACCGUAUCAUUAUAAGACCAAAAUGAGAGUUGUAGCACUCAUUAGUGGAGGAAAAGAUAGCACAUUUAACAUGAUGCAGUGUAUAGCAUGCGGUCAUGAAAUUGUAGCUCUUGCAAACUUAGUUCCUCACAGUAAAUCUGAGAUAGACAGUUAUAUGUAUCAAAGUGUUGGCCAUGAAGCCAUAGAUUUAAUAGCCCAAGCUUUAGACUUGCCAUUGUUCAAAAAAGACACUUAUGGUAUUUCCAAACAACGAGAAAAGACCUAUGAGUACUGUGAUAAUGAUGAAGUUGAAGAUUUAUAUAAAUUACUUAAAGAAAUCAAGAACGAAUUAAACUUUGAUGCUGUAUCAGUAGGAGCGAUAUUAAGUGAUUAUCAACGGCUUAGGGUUGAAAAUGUGUGCAUUCGUUUGGGUUUAACACCCUUGGCAUAUUUGUGGCAAAGAAAUCAAAAAGAGUUGUUGGAUGAAAUGAUAAAAUGCGAAGUAGAUGCCAUAGUUAUCAAAGUUGCAGCACUCGGAUUAGAGCCUAUAAAGCACUUGGGUCGUACAUUGAGCUCAAUGCAGCCUCAUUUGUUGACCAUGCAUGAGAAAUAUGGUUUAAAUGUUUGCGGUGAAGGAGGAGAGUACGAAACUUUAACUUUGGAUUGCCCUCUUUUUAAAAGUAGAUUAUUAGUAGAAGAUUCAGAUAUAGUGAUGCAUUCAGAUGAUCCAGUAGCACCUGUAGGUUAUCUAAGGCUGAAUAAACUUAGUCUAGAAAUUAAAUUGCCUCCUUUAAAUUUACAUAGUCGUUUGGAAGGCUUACCUCUAAAGAACUAUGAUGAAUAUGUUACCGAUUUGGAUGAUGAACAAUUUGAAAAUAGUGAUAAUGAUGCAGAUUUGGAACCUAAUGAUGAAAUACCACUAAAUGAGCCAUUUUAUCAACUACAGUCAACUUUAAGCCAAAAACCCACUUCAGCUAUUAGUAAGGAGGGUUGGCUUUGGAUUGGGGGCAUCCAAGGAAGUUCUAUGGAUUCAUGUGAAGCAAUGCGAGAUACGCUUAGUAAACUAAAGAAUAUACUGGCACAGCACAACCACACAGUUAAAGAUGUGUGCGCCAUAACACUUUUUAUUAAUGAAAUGUCCCAAUUUUCAAAAAUUAACGAACUCUACAUUGACACCUUCAACCAUAUAAAUCCCCCAACAAGGGCAUGUGUCCAAGUUCCUUCAAAAGUUCCAGUAAUUUUGGAGGCACUUUCUUUUAAAGCUAACAGUUGUGAAGGUGAUGUUGAAAGGCACACGGUGCAUGUACAAAGUAUAUCUCAUUGGGCUCCCAGUAGCAUCGGUCCAUACAGCCAAUCAGUUCAAAUUGGGAUGUUCAUAUACCUAGCUGGUCAGAUUGGCUUGAUACCUAGUAAUAUGCGAUUGGUCAGUGGUGGAAUUAAAGCUCAGUGUCAAUUAGUCCUUAGGCACGUUCGUAGAUUACUUAGAGCUACUUCUGCCAAUGUUAAUCUUAGAGAUGUAGUCCAGAGUAUUUGUUACGUAACUCACAGUUCCUACAUUGAGCCUGCCAGAAAGCUUUGGGAAGCAAAAACUAAUAACGCAAUUGUUGAUUAUGUAGUUGUAUCAGCGCUGCCUAGGAAUGCAUUAGUUGAGUGGCAUGUAUGGGCUCACAAGCAAAACAAUCAAUUUGAGUACGAAGAGCGAGGAAAACGCUUAGAUAAUUAUUCCAUUUCUUUAUACAGAAGAGUAAACUAUGAAAAUAACGUUGCCGCUAUUGUUUGUCGUGUGGAGGGCACUGUACCAAUUGAAAAGUUUGAUGGCAAAAUAUUUUUCGAGGCUUUAACUUAUUCAUUAGAAAAACUCCAACAAGGUCAUGAAAACGAUGCAUCUUCUGUCUACAAUAUCAAAAUAUUUUUCAGAGUGACCACUGUGGUGGACAUGGAGGAGUUAGUUAAAAUAGUUGAAAGUGUCACGAAUAAAUUUAUUUUGGUCUAUACUCUUGUACCUGUUCUGGGUUUAAAAAAUGAUCAUACUUUUAUGUCAAUAUGUGGAGUAAGAAACCAGUAACUUGUAUGAAGUGUUUUUAAAACUAUUUGCUUUAUUUUAAUAAAAGUAUUUUAU